CCCUUCGGCCUCAGCACCAGCCCCGCGGUCCUGUCCCACUACGGCGUCGCGGCGAACACCGUCACGGUCUUCCGCAGGGUAGAUAAUGACCGGAGGGAUCUGGAUAUGAGCAACAAAGAUGUUGAUGCUGAGAAGAUCACUCGUUUCAUUCGGAUGAACGAGCUCCGCCUGGUGACAGAGUACAAUCCUAGGACAGCAGUAGGUGUGAUGCAGAGUUCCUUCCAGCUUCACCUCCUCCUGAUCACAGACAAGAUGUCUCCAAAGCACCCUGAGCGAAUGCACAGAUACCGGUUGGCAGCAGAGCUCUUCAAGGGGAAGAUUCUCUUUAUCAUGGUAGACAGCAAUUUGAAGAGCAAUGAACAAACAGUGUCAUUCUUCAAACUGAAGAAGUCCCAGCUGCCAGCUCUGGCUAUAUUCCAUGUACCAGAUGAAGAGCAAGAUGUAUUGACUCUGGAUGAAGUCUCCGUUGAGGGUGUACAGGACUUCUGUAAUCGUUUCUUGCAAAGAAUGCAGAAGAAAGAAGACAAACCUGAGGAGAAGGCCCUCAAUGAGGAACUCUGA